UUUUUUUUUUUUUUUUUUUCAUGCACUGAAAAUUCUAAAUAAAACUUACUAUAGGUUUUUAGAUUUUAUUUUAUCUACAAAACACGAAGGAAACAUCUAAGAAUGGCGAUGACAGUUGAAGCGGGAGGGACGUUAUCUGAAAUAUACCAGAGCUCGAAGAAGGUAUUGCUAAGAGCUCGAGAUGGGAUCGAGAGGCUGGAGCGCCUUGAGAAUUCAACAUCCAGUGGAGGUUUGGACUCGCCUGAACUCUCCUUUACCGUCAAAAAGGAUAUAUCUCAAAUCCAGUCCCUUUGCGCCGAAAUGGACCGUCUUUGGCGAUCUAUCGCCUCUAAACCACAGCGUGAUCUCUGGAAGAGAAAGGUCGAACAAGUAGCAGAGGAGGCUGAAGCAUUGAAGCAAAGUCUUGAUAGGUACUUGUUAAGGAAUCAAAGAAAGAUGAGGGAAGCUCAGGAGAGGGCAGAAUUGCUCGGAAGAGCAAAUGGCGAAUCAGCUCAUGUUUUAAGGAUAUUUGAUGAGGAAGCACAAGCAAUGCAGUCAGUUCAUAAUUCAAAGCGGAUGUUGGAGGAAUCUUUAUCAACAGGAUCGGCCAUCCUUUCCAAAUAUUCGGAGCAAAGGGAACGGUUGAAGAAUGCACAACGCAAAGCUCUUGACGUUCUCAACACAGUGGGGCUCUCCAAUUCCGUAUUGAGGCUUAUUGAGAGACGGAACCGUGUAGAUAAAUGGAUCAAAUAUAUGGGAAUGCUAAUAACACUCGUCGUCCUAUAUUUUCUAGUUACUUGGGGCCGUUAAAGCUUAAUGUUCUUUUCUUUUUUUUUUUUUUUUUUUUUUUUUUUUUUUAUU